AUGUCAGAUCCAUUUUCAAUAAAUGGUGGUGCAGCAGUAGCAAUGAUAGGUAAAGAUUGUAUAGCAAUUGCAUCAGAUUUAAGAUUAGGUUCACAAUCACUUGGAGUUUCAAAUAAUUUUGAAAAAAUUUUUGAAAUUAAUAAUAAUACAUUCAUAUCAUUAACUGGAUUAGCUACUGAUGUAAUAACAUUAAGAGAAACUUUUAGAUUUAAAACAAAUUUAUAUAAAUUAAGAGAAGAAAGAGAAAUUGAACCAUCAACAUUAGCUAAUUUAAUUUCAUCAACAUUAUAUGAAAAAAGAUUCGGACCAUGGUUUGUUACUCCAAUAGUAGCAGGUCUUGAUUCUAAAACUAAUAAACCAUUUAUAUGUGGAUUUGAUUCAAUUGGAUGUAUAGAUUUUGCAAAAGAUUUUAUAGUAAGUGGUACAGCUACUGAUCAAUUAUAUGGAAUGUGUGAAUCAUUAUAUGAACCUAAUUUGGGUCCAGAAGAAUUAUUUGAAACUAUUAGUCAAGCAUUGUUGAAUGCUGUUGAUAGAGAUGCAUUAAGUGGUUGGGGUGCUGUUGUUUAUAUUGUUACUAAAGAUAAAAUUGUUAAAAGAACUUUGAAGACUAGGCAAGAUUAA